AUGGAUCAAAAAAAUUCUGACAAACCGCAAUUUGACGAGAUGGAUGGUGCUUUAGACUAUCGCAACGUCGAGUCAAUAGGUCAUGCACGUAUCAUGGCCAGUAUUAACCAAUUUACAGAAAGAACAGUUGAUUUUUUGAACAGGUUUAGCAAUAUAUGCGAUAUGAAACUUCUUGAAGUCUCACAAAGAAUAAAUAACAUCGAAAUUCUCACAAAAAUUUUAGAAAGCAAGCUUGAAUCCGUUAAAGGUCUUGGUUUUGUUCCUGGUCAACCUUUACCUCCAUCAUCAGCACCUUCUCCACAGGCAGGAGUUCCACCACCUCCUGCCGCUGAUGGAGCCCCAGCUCCACCUCCACCACCUCCACCGCCUGGCGCUGGCGCAGAUGGUCAAGCUCCACCACCACCGCCGCCACCAGACGGUGCAGCUCCUCCAGCAGAAGGUGAAGCGGCUGCUGAGGGUGAGGGACAAGCAGCUGAAGGAGAAAAUGCGGAACCAGAAGCAGAUCCAAAUGAUGUUAGAAACGACCCAAGAUACGCGCCAUACCUUAAAUAUCUCAAGAUUCGCGUUCCUCUUAUCGCGUUCCGUCAGAAGAUGAUUGAUGAGGGACUUGAUCCAACAUUACUCGAAAAUCUAGCUCCGCAAUAA